AUGAGUGACCACGCAACUAAUCCUUCCGCCUCUACCCACACCGAUACAUAUCAAGCGGUGAAGAACAGGGAGCGGGUCAGAAAGGCGCUGAUCCUGGUCCACGAUCACGCUUCGGCGCUGAACGGGAGGGGAUAUGCCAGAUCUGCAAAGUCCGAGUUCCAGAGCAUUCUGAUCGGGCUUACCGACGUGUGCACAAUGUACGACGAUGCCGAACGGAUGCUAAUCCGAGCUGCCGAUGGCACCGCCACAUAUGAGCUCAAGCAAUCUGCCGCCAAACUUGCGGCUAGCAUAAUAAUCGCCGCAGGUCGUCAGCUCGACGUCUUGAGUGAUGCUAUUGUCAAAGCCCAAGGCCCUGCGUUCUCGAAGGGUGAGUGA